AUGGCGUCGCAUCAACUCGCCAUCGCGAAGGCUUCAUUCUCCGCUGGUCUUCUGCGACCAGACCCGACCUCCCUCGCGCGCGAAGACAUUGCCCUAUUCCACUCUCUGUUGAACACAGUCGUACUACAAUGCUCGCCAAUAAACGUCCAGAAAUGCAAGCAAUGGAUCUUGGACAACAUCGCUCAAUCUGCGGCAAGAUUCACGGCACUGGGAAAAUACCUGACAUCUCUAACCGCCUCAUAUACUGAGCCCGGGGCAUCCACGGAUGCGAAAAAGCGCGAACCUUCGGUCAAGAGGAGACGUCUUCAUGUGUUGUAUUUGGUCAACGAUAUCCUCUUCCAUUCCAAAUACCGUAUCAACGACGCAUCGAUUUGCGGCAAGAUGCAACCCAUCCUCGUGAGCUUAUUCGGAAGCACGGCGUCAUUCCAAGGAUGUCCAAAGCACCAGCGCAAGAUCGCAGAGCUACUCGAAAUAUGGGAGGAAAAGGGUUACUACUCCAAGGAAUACAUCGAGAAGCUUCGUGAAGCUGUCAAGAAUGCCGCUGAGGUUGGAGAACAUGCAGAAGGAAGCAAUGGUGACAAGGAGCAAGGUAUCACUACCAAAGGGUCGAAAUUUACACCAUAUGUCAUGCCAGCCAUGCAUGGCGAUGUGUCGACUCCAUGGUUCGACUUACCAGCUGGGAACCUACUUCCGCAUAUCGUACCUAACUCGACGCGCCCAAUGAACCCGGAUAUGAUCAAACCUCUGCAAUUUGUGGCAGGUCCGGCAGAGGAAGGUUUGACUUUGGCAGUGAAGGCGCUGCUGGAUGACGUGCAAGCUAUGUUUGGAGGGGAGACCGACCUGGAUGAAAUACCGACCUUAGACUUUGACGACCUGGGACAACCAAUCAUUGUCGACGAGAACACCGGGGAUGUUAUCCGGGGUGAAGGAUACUACGGGUGGUCUAGGACCUUCUGCGAGAAGAUGAGGAGGAGAAAGAUGGGACUAGAUGUGCCAAGCCGGGACGAGGGUCGAGAUGAACGAAGUCAGAGUCUGAGCUUAAGCCCGAAUAUACGGAAGAGGCGCUAUAAUCUACCCGACGAAGACGCUCAUACAGCUCUUCCAGCUCACGUACACCAGAUGGCAAGCGAAAUGCGACCCAUGCCGCCUAUGCCUCAACCGCCUUACCAGCAAGGCUUUAAUCCCAAUUUCCCUCCUCCGCCUCCCCCUAUCCACAAUAUGCCUUUCAACGGUCAACAACAGGUGGAUAUCAACAACAGCAACAACAGCAAUACCUGCCCUCUGGUCCGGGCAGCGGCUGGCAACAGGGCAGCGGCAGGGGCUAUAACAACAACAACAACAAUAAUAGAUGGAACCCCAACCCACGUGGAGGACGAGGAGGACGCGGGUGCUCCUACACCCUCACAACUUCAGAAUGCACUCGAGCGUGGGACUGGCAGGCCGAGCGGGUAUGGAUCUCUUCCAGAAGCGGAGAACCCUACAGUCAGUAAAUGGGGUGUAUCGAUCCAGGCAUUGGCCAAGGAGCCAGUUGUUCUUGUUGCUGCUGUCUAUGUUGUUUACCCGCACGAUGAGAUUGGAGAGGCGAGGGAUCCCGCCCUCUUGAAAGAUCGAUUGUAG